AUGAAACGCAAUGCCCACACGGCAAAUCCUUCUUUAACUGAAACUAUUAAUAAUAAUAAUUCUCCAAAACGUUGUUGUACGCAAAAAGAUAAUAAAAAUUGUGUUGCAAGUAAUUCUUCAACUGCAUCUUCAUCAUCAAUUGAUAAUAUUUCAUGUUCAAUUGUUUCAUCAUCAACAUCAAGUGAUUUAUUAAACAUGGAAGCAACUAUGGAUAAUUUAAUAGCUAUGGGUUUUACUGAUCGAGAGUUAAAUCUUAAAGCUUUAUCGAAAGCUGGAAAUGAUAUAAAUGAAGCCAUUACUUUUCUUACAAAUCCAACAUGUUUUAAUGAUGAUGUUAUUAUUCCUAAAGAAUCAACAACAUUCAUCGGUCCACUUACAAAAGAACAAGUUGAUCAACAACAACAACAACCACAACAGCAGAUGGUUUCAUCGGAUAAUAAUUCAAGUGUGUUGUCAGAUGACUUAUCAAUGAACAAUUCCAAUUCAUUCACAACAAGUGCUUUUCUUGAUCUCGAAACAAAAGUCUACGGAGAUAAUUGGUCUAUUCCCUAUAAACGUGAUGAAGUUCUUGGUCGAUGUCUUUUAUCAGCUGUGAAACUUGCUCUUGCAGGUACGGCUGAUCAAGAUGAACAUUGUAAAAAAUUUAUGGAAAUUUUAAUCCCAGAUGCUUUUCGAAAAUUACAAUGUUCUCAUCAUGUUAAUAAUUGGGGAGUUGAAGUUCAAUUAGGUGUAUUUGAUAUGGUGGAAUUAUUAAUUGAUUUAAUCGCUGCACGUCUUUCUUAUUUUCCAGUACCUGUUCAAUUACUUGAAACAUUAACUAUACUUUUUGAUCAUGAUUCAGUUUUCCAACGAAAACAUAAAAGUAAACCAUAUGAUCGUUUACUUUAUGAUAAACAAUUAGGCGACCGUAUAUUGGCUAAUUCACCAUCACCAUCAACAUUUUCUGUUUAUAAUCGAAGUGAACCAUAUGGUUGGCUAUGUCAAAUAAUAAAUCGUUUCGUCUUAAAAGAUGGUAUUCAAAAUUUAAAAGAACAAUUUAAAAGUGAACAAUCAUUAACAGCUCUCGAAUACAAUGCAUUACUUUCACCAUUCGUUAAUUGUAUGGACUAUAUAAUUGUAGAUAAAUAUCGACAAUUAUUUAGUGAACAUACUGAACAAGCAUUAGAAUAUGUUAAAAAUUUAAAAGAAGAAGAUUUUAAAGCAAAAUCAAUAAAUUCAACAUUUGAAUUACUUUCAACCUUACGUAAAAUAUGUUCCGUCGUAUGGUCUGCUCGUCUUGAACAAGUUGAAGAAUUACAUCUUAAUUUGUUACUUAAAAUGGUUGCUCUAUCAAAUUUUAAUGCCAAAAUGAAUUCAUUAAAAGAACUUGCAAAGAUUAUUGAAAAUUGUACAUCAAAUAUUCAAAGUAUAUCGAAAACAUCAAUUCCACGUGAUAUUGUUAGUGAAUGGAUUAUUGAACAUUCUAUACUUUCGAAAGCAUUAGAAGGAAAUAUUGAUCAAAAUCAAUAUGUUGAAAAAGUUCGUACAUUAAUGGAUUUUAUUGCACCAAGAAUUUUAAAAGAAGAUAUUGAAACUAUAUGGAAAAUGCAGCAUGGUCGUUCUCUCGUUGCAGUUGAUCAUUUAUUUACAUUGAUUGCGUCUGCAGCAGCAAAAUUUAAUUUAGAACAACUCAAUCAUCUGAUUGGUUUAAUUUAUAAUUCAUGGAAAACUGAAACAAUUCUUAUUCAAGAAAAAUUAAUUGAAUUACUUGGUGCUAUUGGUCGUGAAUGUCAAAAAGAUUCUGCUGCUCGUGUGCUAGAAAUUCUUUGGGAUAUGGCGCAUGAAGAUCGCCUCAGUCGUUCAAUGCUUGAACAUCUUCUUCAUUGUCAUUUACGUGUAUUUAGUGAAGGUCGUUCACCUUAUGAUGCACUUAAACGUGAUUAUUGCCUUAAAUGUAUGACUGAUUUACAACGUAAACAAGGUUGGCUUGUACCGGCUAUAAAACAUUUAUAUGAAUUAUUACGUCAUGAUUCAACAAAUACAUUUAAACGUUCAGAUCAAGAUCUUAUAUCAGUAUUAGUUAAUAAACAUGAUUUAAUCUCCGCAUUAAUUCAAAGUUUAUCAACAUGUCAAUUAGAUGUUUGGAAUAAAACUCAAGGACAUGUUACAAUUGAUACAUUAGUUGAUGGACGUUUUACACAUGAAGAAUCAAUAAAAAAUCAUUUAGAUUUAUUAUCUUUCUUACUAAAAAAAGGAAAUCUUUAUUUAAUAUUAAAACGUAGUGAAGAAUUAUGGGAUACAUUAAUAACAAAUGAACAUGGUAGUUCAUUUGAUCGUGAACUUGGUUUAAAUUGGUUUAUAACAUGUUCAGAAGAUCUUAAUCGUGAUUCUGAAUUAGCUUUAUUUGAAAAACGUGUAUCAAAACUUGAUCCAAUACAUUUAACACCUAAAGGUUAUGCUUGUUUUAAAUUAUAUUUUGAACGAUGUAAUCUAGAACGAUGGAGUCAAUCAAGAAAUUCGAAUUAUAGUUCAAAUGCAUCAACAUCAUCAGAUAAUGAAAUGUUAGAAUAUAAAUGUAUUAAUGAAUUAUGGAAUAUAAUCUUAUGUGUUAGUGAUGAUAAUCUUGCUAAUGAUGCUACACGAUUUUUACUUGAUUUAUAUUAUACUAAACAACCAAUUCGUGCACGUCGUCCAACUGCUCAAUCUCUACAUGAAUGUUUUCUUAAAGAAGUUUAUACACGUUUAAGUUCUCUUCUUAAUUCAGCUAUUCCACCAUCAACUCCAUUAACACCAAAUCUUGAACAAUAUUAUAAAUCAUUAAAAACUUAUGGUGAACAAUUAAUAACUACAGAUUCGACAAUAAAUCAAAAUGAUUCAUCAAAUACAAUUGAUCAUACAUUAUGGUUAAGAAAAAUCGAACGUUUAUUAAUGAUAACAGAAGAAUAUAUUCAUCUUGUUGAACAUGAACAUUCACCAACAGCACAUAUAACAUCAUUUCAUGGUUUAGAAUAUCAAAUAAAAAUCAUUCUUGGUGAAUUAGGUAAAAUCAAUUGUCCAUAUGAUAUUGCAAUUGUUCAUUCAAAUGAUACAUUGGAAAUGUUACGUAUACGUCUUGGUCUAUAUUAUAAAGUUCCAUCUCAUGAUAUCCAUAUAUCAAUACAAAAUACUCGUCCAUUACCUCCAUCAUAUGAUCAAUUGGGUCCUAUAAAUAAUGCGAUUGCAUUACCAUUAAAUAAUUCAUCAUCAUCAUCAACAAAUACAACUGUUUUAGGUUCAUGGUUAAAUUCCAAAUAUUUAUAUCAAGUUCAUAUAACACCUGGUACAACAAUAUAUAUUAAAAUCUUAGGUAGUUCAUCAAAUCAAUCAAUAAAAAUAACUAAUAGUGAACCAAUACGUCUUUAUUUAACACAUUCAACACAAAAUAUAAAUAAUGAUCAUUUAACACCAUCAAAUAUGAUUGCAGAAAAUUUAAAAGUUUAUGAUAUUUUAUAUAAAUUAUCUUAUUUAAAUAAUAAAAAUAUUCAUAAUCGUAUACGAAAUCUUUUACGUUUAAUGCCAUCGGAUAUUCGUAUAGUUGAUUUACUUGAUUUAAUAUCAUUUCGUGCAGCAAAUAUAUGUAUAAAUGAACGAAGACAAUCAACCGAAAAUGUUAAUAAUAAUAAUAAUAAUAAUAAUAACAAUAAUAAUCAAAUUAAUCCAAAAGAAGCUAUUGAACAUGUUUUUAAUUUACAAGAAAGUAGUUUAAUAAAAAUUUUAUAUAAUUUAGAAAUUUUAUCAAGUAAAAUCUCUCCACUUUCGAAUAAUAUUGGUAUAAAACAAAGUUCAAAAUUAUUUCGACAAGAUUUUAUUGAACAAUCAGGUGUAGAAUUUCUUUUUAAAUUACUUCAAUCAUUAAGUCAUUGUAUACAUGAUGAAUAUCAAUAUUCAUUAUGUGAAGAAAUGACAAUAUUAAUUUUACAAUUAAUACAAUUAUUACUAUGUGGAAAUAAUAAUAAUACUAAUCAACAACAACAACAACAACAAGAAGAUAUACUUUUAUCAAGACCAACAUCUCCAAUAGCUGUAACAGCAAAUGAUAGUGUUAUGGAUACGAUUGAUUUUGAUUUUCAAGCAACUGUUGAACAUUUACAAUUCGAAGAAUUUAUUGGACAAAUAAAACAAUUGAUAUUUUUAUGUUGGGCAGCUGCAGCAGGAAAUAUACGUUUACAAGAACAAAGUUUAACUAUAAAAGAACAAGUUAAAUUAGAUCGUUAUGCAUUAUUACAACAAGUAAAUGCAAAUAUUUUCUCUCGAAAUAAUAGUAAAAAUUCAUCAUCAAGUGAUUCAUCAAUAAAUAAUAAUGUACAACAAACAGUACAAUAUGGAAUUUGUGUUAGAAAAGAUUCAAUUUUACCAUUAGAUAGUGAAGUAGCUGAAAAAAUUAUUGAAAUUAUUAUAUAUUGCUUUGAAAAAAGACCAGAAUUUAUUGCUACAUUUCUUGUUCAACCAUUUUUUGCUGAUUUUCUUUUGGAAAUUUUAAUCAGUACAAGUUCUCGUGAAGUUCGUCAAUGUGCAUUACGUAAUAUAAUACGUUUAUGUAAAAUUGAAACAUCUGCAUGCGAUAUACGUGCAGUUAUACAUCAAAUAUUAUUAAAAGCACGAUUACCAUUAUGGUCAACAUCAAGUGCUGGUACACGAGGUCCAAAUCAAAAACUUUUAGCACAAUCAAUUGAAUAUUUUGAUUUACGUUGUCAAUUAACAGAAAAUUUAACAAAAGAAAUGCAAAAAAUGCUUCAUAUUGAUGCUCAACAAAUAUUAACGGAUGAAUUUAAUUGGCUAUCAACAUACACAGUAUCUUCAAUAUCAAAUGAAUUACGUGCAAUUGAUAAUAUUCUAUUUAUGGGUCAUUUAAGAUUCAUUCGUACAUUAUUAACAUGUGAAAAUAUUAAUAAAAUUGAAUUUGGUAAUGAUUUUAUACGUUUACUUAUUGAUCAAUUUUUAUUUCCGGCUUCAAAAAGUAUGUCAUUAACAAUAACACCAACAAAUAAUGAAAAUGAUUUAUUGGAUAAUUCCGUACCGGAACCAAAAUGUUCAACAAGUGAAAGUCGUUUAGCUGCAUAUGAUGUACUUGUUGAAUUAGUUCGAAAUUGCCGUCCAAAUUUAAAAAUUGUUGUAGAAGAUCUUAUUAAUCUACAUCAUAGACCCAUACUUGAAAAACAAACUGAAUGGGAGUUUAUGCCUCAAGUAAAUCCGCGUGCAACAUGUGGUUUAGUUGGUCUCUAUAAUGGUGGUGCAACUUGUUAUAUGAAUUCUAUUCUUCAACAAUUGUAUAUGUUACCGCAAAUUUCUGAACAUAUAUUAAGUGUACAUGAUGAUCUUGAAAAUACAACAAAUGGAACGAAUAAUAAAAAUGGUGAUUCAAGUUUAUUCUAUCAACUUCAACAAGUUUUUGGUCAUUUAAUGGAAAGUAAAAUGCAAUAUUAUUCACCUGAAUCAUUAUGGAAAGUAUUUCGUUUAUGGGGACAAGAAAUAAAUAUACGUGAACAACAAGAUGCAUUUGAUUUUUUUACAGCAAUGACUGAUCAAAUUGAUGAAUAUUUAAAAAGUAUGAAACAAGAAGAAAUAUUUCGUAAACAAUUUGAAGGAAUUUUUUGUAAUCAAAUGAUAUGUACAAAUGGUUGUCGUCAUCGUUAUGAAGGUGAAGAAAGAUUUAUGGCAUUAAAUGUUGCAGUUAAAGUUGAUUCACUUAAUGAAUCAUUAAAUCAAUUUGUUAAAGGUGAAGUACUUGAUGGUAAUAAUGCUUAUUUUUGUGCUAAAUGUCAAGAAAAACGAACAACAAUUAAAAGAUUAUGUAUUAAAAAAUUACCACCAUUAUUAUGUAUACAAAUGAAACGUUUUGGUUUCGAUUGGGAAAAUAAUCGUGCAUUAAAAUUUGAUGAUUAUUUUAAAUUUCCAUUAGUACUCAAUAUGGAACCAUAUACAUUAGAUGGUGUUAAUAAACGUGAAAGUUUUGUUGAACAUGAUGAUUCAACAAAUAAUACACAUAAUGAUGGGCUAAUUAAUUCAUCAACAGGUGAUAAUAAAUCUUUACCUCGUUCAACAUCCUCAUUAAAUAAUCCUUCAAAUAAUAUGCCAACAAUAAAUUAUGAAUUAAUUGGUAUUGUCAUUCAUUCAGGUCAAGCUAAUGCUGGUCAUUAUUAUUCAUUUAUAAAAGAUAUUCGUCGUCGUCAUUCAAAUAAUACAAAUCAAUGGUAUCGUUUUAAUGAUACAUCUGUUGAAGAAAUUCAAUUAACUGAACAAAUGCUUGAAGAAGAAUGUUUUGGUGGAACAUUUCGUGUUCAAAAAGAUAAUAAUAAUUCGACAGAAGAACGUACACGUUUUUGGAAUGCAUAUAUGCUUAUAUAUCAAUGUAUUGAACCAUCAAAAUUACUUCCACCACCACCGCCAGUUCCAUCAUCACCUAAUACAAUUCGUUCAUCACGUCAUAUUCCAGGUACAGCUGUUCGUGUACAACAUCGUCCACCAAAUCAACGUGAUUCAUUAUCACAAUUAGCUGAUUUAGUUGUACGAAGUGAAAAUAGUGAUUUAUUUAAAAUUGAAAAACCUUUAAUCCCAUCACGUGUCUUAGCUUGUGUUAAAGAUGAAAAUCUUGAAUUUUUAAAAAAUCGUGAUACAUAUUGUGAAGAUUAUUUUCAAUUUAUAUAUAAAUUAUCAAAUAUAUGUUUUGAUGAUAUAAAUAUACCAUUUGAUAUGGAAUUUAUUGAAAAUGAUAAUGAUGAAACAUCCUAUGAUUUAUGUACAAAAUUAGCAUUAAAUUUUCUAUUCAAUACACAUUUACGAACACAUCGUCGGCUACGUAAAGAUUGUUUACAACAAUGGGUACAAUUAUUAUCACGUUUAUUUAAUAAAAAUCUUUCAUCAUGUGAAAUUUUUUAUAAUUUAUUAUAUGAAAGAAAAGAAAAUGGGUUAAAAUUAUAUUUACUUGAUUGUCCUAUUGAAGAUAUACGUUUUAUAUUUGAACAAAUAUGUGAACAAGUUUUACAAGCAACAUAUUCACAUUUAACUGAAAAAAAUCAUCAUAUACAAGAAACAAAUUCUAAUGAUAAUCAUGAAACAUUAAUUAUUAAUAUUGAUAAUAAUUUACUAACAUUAAUGAAACAAUUUAUUGAACAAUUAAUAAAUUUAUUAGAUAAAUCUGUUGUUGAACAAGUUAAACAAUCUCAAGCAUUUUUUCAAUUAAUUUAUUCAUAUAUAAAAAUGAAUCCAAAUGCUAUUGAUUAUUUAUUACAAUUAAAUACAUUUACACGUUUAAUGAAUUUUCUAUUAGGAGAAAAUCUUGAUACACGUCGAUGGAAUUCCGGACAAGCGAAAGAAUUUGGUAUUAUACAUGAAAUAAUUGCAACAUUAGUGUUAGCUUGUAAUUCAACAACAGAAAUAUUUGAUCAACAACAAUUACAAUCAAAAACACAUAUGAACAUAUAUUUUCAAGGCAAAUUAGCUAAUAGAUAUUUAAAAGAAAUUUGUUAUGCUUUUCAAGAAGUUUCACCAUCACAAUUAAUACGUACAAUACAAUUAUUAGAAAGAAUAGCAUAUAAUAAUGAAACUUUUUCUGAACAACUUAUUCGAAUUAUUCUACAAUCAAUUGUACAAGCACAUACAAAUGAUCUGAAAUCAUUAUUUAAAUUACUAAGUCAUAUUUUGUUAAUUGAAGAUUCAUUACAAACUAAACGAGUUCAACUAGCAUUUGCAAGCACCAAUGAAUCUAGUAAUGGUGAUAAUUGUCAAAUAUUUAAUGGACUUUAUUCACUUAUUCAAACAAGUAUUGAAACUGAACAACGACGAGCUUAUCAAACGGUUAAAUUUCUUAUUAAUCUGUCGAAUACAAGUAAUGCAUGUAAAGAUUAUUUUUCGUCUACUGCUAAUCAAUGGGAAUUUGCAAUAAAUUGGCUUAAACAACAAAUGCAAACAUCAUGGCAAUGGUCACCAGCACAAAAUGUAUCAAAUGAAGAUACUGAUACACGUUCAUUUCAACGUACACGUAGUGCACAAUUUACAUUAGAACAAGCUCAAUCUCUUCUUCAACAAACAACAGCAACAACAACAACAACAACAACAAAUAAUGAUGCAUCAACAAGUGAAUUAAUG